AUGCGCGCCGCCAUCACGGCCACCGAGGGCUGGUCCAGCAGCCAGGUGAACCAGGACAGCAGCUGGGACAUGCCGGCCAGCCCUGAGCCGGCCGACAAGGAGCCACCCGGCAGCAUCGUGGCCUGGAAGCUGCCAGGCGUCAACAACGGUCUCGACGUGUGGCAGGUGACCGUGCGGAACGGCGGCGCGCCGGCCGUGAAGCCCGCCGAGGCCCAGUGGCCUCACCACAUCCCGCAGUCCAACAUUGGCGGUACCUGGGGCGAGGACGACGACAGCCAGGAGGAGUGGUCGGGCGCCAAGCCCUGGGACGGCCGCGGCGCACCCAACGGCGACGGAUGGGGUGCCAAGCCGCCGUCGCAGUGGGGCGGCCCGCCGCAGCACGGGCCCGGCAACUGGGGCGACGACCGCUCGCCGCCCAUGGCUCGCCGGCCCAUGGGCUUCGACGACUGGGGUCAGUCGGCUGGCCGUAGUGCCGGGGUGGUGGUGCCUGGCGUCGACCCGUGGGGCCGGCCGCCGCGCAACGGCUGGGGCGAGGCGCCGCCGGGCCCGGCCGGCUGGGACGACAAGUGGGCCGGCGACGGGCCGGCGCUGUGGGCCGGCAAGCCCAAGACCCCCACCGGGCCCGGCAUGCCCGGCGGAUGGGGCGAGCCCGACAUGGACUGGGCGUCCAAGGGCCGCGGCCCCGGCGUCGGCCACGCCAAGAACCCGAUGUACGACAAGGGCCGCUCGCUGCCGGACCACGGCUUCAAGCCGGAGGAUGUGGACCCGAUGCUGCGCGGCAACAUGAUGCUGACGCUGGAGGACGCCGUCGACCAGCUGCGCAUGGGCGGGCCCGGCGGCGACUGGCGCGCGCCCGACCACCCGCCCUUCGAGCCGGCCGGAUUUGCCCAGAUGCCGCCGCCGCACGUGCAGUACGGCGGCGUCCAGCUGCCGGCCGCCGCGGCUCCGAAUGCGGGCAACAUCAACCCGGCCGUGAUCCAGCAGCUGCUGCGUCAGCAGGCGCAGGGACAGCCGUCCCGCUUCCCCGGCCAGCCGCAGCCGCAGCCGUCGCCGCAGCAGCUGCGUCCUCUCAUCAACCAGAUCCAGAUGGCGGUGCACGCGGGCCAUCUGAACCCGGCCAUCCUGCAGCAGCCGAUGGGGCCGCAGACACUCAUCCUGCUCAACCAGCUGCUCAGCCAGAUCAAGCACAUGGACCAGCUGAGCCGCCAGGCGCACCUGACACGCGGCCACCAGGGCAACUCGCCGCACGUGCACACGCUCCAGAUGGAGAUCAUGCGCGUCAAGAGCAACAUCUCCAACAUCCAGAGCCAGAUCGCUAGCCAGCAGGCGCUGAUGCUGAAGCAGCAGCAGCUGCAGCUGGGGGCGGGCGCCGGCGGCGGGCCGCUGCUCUACAAGCAGGGUCCCAGCCACGGCGACCUGCACGGCCUGCCGACCAACCUGGGCGAACUGUCGCUGCGCGAGGGAGGCGGCCCCGGCGGCGGCGGCGGGCACAUGCCGCAGAGCCGACUCAGCCAGUGGAAGCUGCCCACCUCCGAUAAGCUGCUGCGCGGUGACGAGGAGUUCUCGCGCGCGCCCGGCUCGAGCAGCAAGACCGGCGGCUCCCCGCCGAUGUCGCUGAUGGCCGAGAGCGCCUGGUCGGCCAGCCGGGGCGGCCGCGACGGCGGCUGGCCCGAGGGCGGCGCGCCGGCCACGCCUGCCGCCGACCGCCAGGACAGCAAGGACGGCUGGCCCGACACGCCCGGCAGCGGCGGCGCCGCCGGCGGCGGGCACAACUUCGCCGACCUCGUGCCCGAGUUCGAGCCGGGCAAGCCCUGGAAGAUGAAGUCGGCCGAAGACGAUCCGUCGAUGACGCCGGGCGCCGCCGCCCGCUCGCCGCUGGGCCUGGCCGCGGCCGGCGGCGGCUCGCAGGACCUGCUGGCCAACAUGCAGCCCGGCAAGGCGUCGCCCACCAGCUCCAGCGGCGACACCUUUGGCAGCUCCACCUGGAGCUUCAACCCCAACAGCGGCAAGCCGGGCAUGGGCGGUGGCGGCGCCGGCAAGUGGGAUGGCACCGACUGGGGCUCCAAGUCGCGCGGCCCGCCGCCUGGGCUCAACAAGAGCGGCUGGGGCGGCGGCGGCGGCGGCGGCGGCGGCGGCGGCGCUCUGGGCCGCGGCGGCGCGCCCUUCGAUCAGCGCUCGGCCUUCGCUCAGGUGCAGGGCGGCGGCUGGAGCGGCGGCGGCGGCGGCGGCGGAGGUGGCGGCGGCUCUGCUUGGCUCCUGCUGCGCAAUCUCACCGCGCAGAUCGACGGCUCGACGCUGAAGACGCUGUGUAUGCAGCACGGCCCGCUGUACACGUUCCACAUGUACCUGAGCCAGGGCGUGGCGCUGGUCAAGUACAGCUCGCGGGAGGAGGCCGCCAAGGCCCAGGGCGCGCUUAACAACUGCGUGCUGAGCAACACGACCAUCAUGGCGGAGGCGGUGACGGACGAGUACGCCGGCCAGGUGCUGCAGCAGCUGGGGCUGCCCGGCGGCCAGCCGGCGCCGUCCAGCUCGGCCGGCCCGGGUGCCGGCCAGGCCGCUAAGGCGCCCGCCUCGGCCGCCUGGAGCGACAUGGGAGACCCCAUCGGUGGCAGUGGCAACAUGGCUUGGAGCAGCGGCACCGGCGGCAGCGGCGGCUCGCUGUGGGCGCCGCCCGUUCUGGAGGAGUCCGGCCGCGGCCCGUACCUGCCGGACGGCCUGCUCUAGACGGACACCCUGACAGGACCCGGUACACGACGGGAUGGGGAAUCACGGGAUCGUGCUUAUGGUUGGCUGUCCACCCGCUCAUCUGGCGUGACCUCGCCGGUCUGAUUGGCCAGAGGCCGCCGCGCCGGCGGUGGUUACGCGCCAGGCGCCGUGGCCACGCCCAACACUCAGUUACUUGGCGGAAAAUUCCUGUUUUGUUCCCGAUUAGGCGCGUCGGGAGUUUUGCGACGAGGAAGCUAUACAACCUAGGCUUAAGGGACGCCGUCCGCUAGCGUUUAAGACAAGUGUGGCCCGCACGCUUUUAGUAGAGUCUCCAUAAGUUUUAGCGGCGUCCCGGCCCGCACCAACGACCAAUCAGGUGGCGCGCGCGCGGUAGGCCCCGCCCGGCCGCCCGUUGUGAUCGCCAGCGGGCUUGUGAGGAGUGCCCCGCGACCCGCUGUGAUCGCCAGCGCGCCCGUGAGAAGCUCGCACCGACCGCUCUCAGCCCGGUCCGGCCGCCGCGCCGUCAUAUCACGCGUGCCAGGGCGUCUCCGAGCUCAGCUGCGGCGCCGCCGGCUCGAAUCCCGGCGGAGGCCGAAGUUUUUUGGGUGUGCUGUGUGAGACGUGCGCGAUCCGCCGGCCUGGCGCGCGAGCCGCCUCUGUCCGGGUGGGUGGGGGGAUCGGGUAGC